AUGACAAUUUACAUUCACGUGUGGACUUUUGUAUCUGUGUUUAAGGCUGUCAAAAAUGACAUGGAAGGUUUCGUUGUUGGUGGUGAAUAUGCCCAGAUAGCACAGUACCCACAUUCUGUGUUUCUAGAUAUUAAUUGUGGGGAUUCCUAUAUUUGUGGAGGAUCUUUGGUCACGAAUCAUUUAGUCUUGACAGCAGCGCAUUGUCUUUCAUCAUGCAAUUCCGUACGAAGGGACCAUAUUAUUAUAAAGUUUGGGCAUGAAGUUAUAGAUAGAAUGAGGACACAAUCAGUGAGGAAGUAUGUCAAACAUAGGCACUAUAAUGAUGAAACCCUGGUGUUUGAUAUAGCUAUGGUUAUGGCGAGGAACGCCAUUGAACUGGGAAGGUUUGUGAAACGAGUCGCUUUGAUGGCGAAAUAUCCAAAGCAGCCGUCGGCUGGCUACAUGGCUGGAUGGGGUGUUGUUAAUUCAGAACAAGAAGAAACUGUUGUACUGAAGGCAACAGUUCAAAAGUUUCAGCCCAAUAAUGUAUGCAGCCUUUUAGGAAAUCUACCAGCUGGUACAUAUUGUGCUGGACCUAUAAGAGGAAGCGGAGCUCCUGACCAUUGUGCAUUCGAAGGAUUCGUUGUACGCGGCGAUAAAGCCCAAAUAGAGUAUUUUGCACAUUCAGUGUUUCUCUCAAUACGAGAUUUUGGAGGGGCGUAUGUAUGUGGUUCAUCAAUUUUAAAUCAGAAAAUUCUGCUAACGGCAGCUCAUUGUUUUGAAUCAUGCAGCGCUAGUAAUGUUAACGCUUUUGUUGGCAAUGCACAUAAAUCUAGAGGACUUAAAUACCGUGUAUCUAGUUUUAAAAUACAUGAAAAUUAUGAUGAAGAUGAAAUAAAGAAUGAUAUAGGACUGGCUGUGCUCGAGAGGCCUUUAGCGUUGGGAGAUAAUGUCAAAAGAGUGGCAAUUCUUAAAUCACCUCCGAAUAAGAAAUUGGCUAUUGUUGCGGGUUGGGGACUCAUUGAUGAAGAAGAUGGCGUGAGAAGUAGCUGGCUGCAUUCAUCAAAUCAAAAGGUGUGGACAUUGUCUGAAUGUAGAAGAGUGUUGCCUGGAAUCCCAACGGGUAGCUUGUGUGCUGGUGAUACAACAGAAACGAGUUAUGCUUCUGAAGGUGAUUCCGGCAGCGCCUUAAUCAUAAAUGAUUACAUUCAAGUGGGGCUGGUUUCCUUCAAGAGACCGGACACAACCAGAGGUCUAGUUGUAUAUUCAAAUGUAUCUUAUUUUUAUAACUGGAUCAAACUGGAACAGGCGAUAUGGAGAAUACAUUCCUUACCUCAUAUGGUGUUACAUGCAAAUGAUUAUGCUUUGUAA